CGAUGCGUGCGAAUGUGGAGCAGUUAGAAACGUUUGGCUAACGGUAUCGUUGCUUCGUCUCGCUUCGCUUUGAAUUGGUCAUAAAACCUGUUCCGUUAUAGAAGAGACUAGUCUGUAUCCCCAUUAACAUAAUGGAGACUGUUAUACAAAUAAUUGUUGGGGCGUCGAAAUGGGACAUCCGUCAGAAAAUCUGGGACUACAUUGAAGAAAACAAUCUGGCCAAUUUUCCAAGGCCUGUUCACAACAGAAUCCCAAAUUUCAAGGGUGCUUUCACAGCAUGUGCCAGGGUAUCUGAGCUGCAGGGGUUCACCCAGACAGCUGAGGUGAAGGUGGAUCCCGAUAAACCUCUGGAGGGUGCUCGGCUGGCAGUGCUACAGGCACAGAAAACUUUAUUGGUCCCGACUCCUCGUCUUCGCACUGGCCUUUUCAAUAAUAUUACACCUCCUCAGGGGGCCAACAAAGAACAGCUACGCAUAUGCUCUUCUUCUCAGGUUUGAACUUACUGAUUUCACAUACAGUGCCUUGCGAAAGUAUUUGGCCCCCUUGAACUUUUCAACCUUUUGCCACAUUUCAGGCUUCAAACAUAAAGA